GACGUCAUACGCCAAUCUGACAUCGACGAACGAUCGUUCCGCCAACGUGUCGAUAUCGAAGCGGAACGUCGGUCUCGUUAGCGUGAAGCGUCUUACUCCUUUACGUUUAACGUCACGCCAACCUCGAUCACGUAUCGUCAUUUAUUAGAUUUAUUUUUCGUGUGUUCCGCUCUAUCGUGAUCGCCGAGAUCGAUGGUGAUCAAUGAGAUUGAUCGAGUUACCGAGAAUCGGAUAACCGUGCAUCGAAUCAAGGCGGUCGGUUAAAAAACUUGGUACAUUGAAAUUGGGAGGGUUGGAGAGAAGAGUCAGUGACCGUGAAGAAAGUGACUUACGUGCCACAGUGCAAAUACGCUGGAAUCUGGAAUUAUCUUAGCGUGUUUCACGUUACCCUGAUAACGAAUGUUCGAGGAGGCACGAUGAACGGAGCAGCGACGGUCUCGGCCACCGAAGAUCACCAGCAUCAGCAUCAGCAAGGACAAAAUGAAACGACUUCGGAGCAUCCACGAAGUCCUGCUAGUCCACUGAGCGUCAGGCACGACUCUGGUGAGAGCAGCGUUAUCUCCCCAGGCCUGCCGGAACGUUACAGUCCCUUGGGAGCGACGGGAUCCACGUCUAGCCAUGAUCCUUAUGCCUCUCGUUCGGUCCAGGAAUGCCCGGUGCCCCUUUGCAGAGGUAUGCCGACGGACUUUCCUCUGGCCAGGUCGCCGUACCUGACUGCACUCGGGAACGGUCAUCCGCACUUGUUGGGCCAGGUGCAGCAUCAACAGCAACAGCAACAGCAGCAACAGCAACCACAGCAGCCGCAGCACGGUAGCAAGCCACCGCGUAGUCUCGGAUUGAUAUGCGUGGUUUGCGGCGACACCAGUUCCGGCAAACAUUAUGGAAUACUCGCUUGCAAUGGUUGCAGCGGCUUCUUCAAGAGGAGCGUUAGACGAAAACUGAUUUAUAGAUGUCAAGCUGGUACCGGAAGAUGCGUCGUGGACAAGGCACAUCGGAAUCAGUGUCAGGCUUGUCGUCUGAAGAAAUGUAUGCAAAUGGGAAUGAAUAAAGAUGACAAUGUUACAGCUGUCCAGAAUGAACGUCAGCCAAGAAACACUGCCACCAUCAGACCGGAAGCACUCGUUGAAAUGGACCAAGAGCGGGCACUGCGCGAAGCCGCCGUCGCCGUGGGCGUCUUCGGACCACCAGUCUCCUUAGCCAUGGCGAGAUACACCACGCCGCUACCUCUGCCCACGGUUGCGCCGACAACAAAUUCCGCCAACAAUGCAACUUCACCUCGGCAGGACAACGAGGAUGGAAACGCGUCAGAGGACAGCAUAGACGUAACGAACGAAGAACCAUUGACGCCUCAACGAGGCGGAUGCGCGCAGCUUCCGCCGGUGCUCCCAUCGUUGUAUUCACCUGCGAGCGCCGAAACGGUCUAUGAGACUAGCGCGAGGCUGCUUUUCAUGGCCGUUAAAUGGGCAAAGAAUCUUCCUUCCUUCGCUGGUCUGCCGUUCAGAGAUCAGGUAAUAUUACUGGAAGAGGUCUGGUCGGAGCUGUUUCUCUUGAAUGCUGUCCAGUGGUGUCUGCCGCUUGAAUCGUCACCUCUCUUCAGCGCUGCCGAACUGACGGCUCUGACCCUCUCACCGCAUCCGCAUCCGCACUCGGGAUUACAUCUGCAAACCACUACGGGGAAGCCCAGCCAAGUGGCCGCGGACGUCAGGCAUUUGCACGACACCCUGCAAAGAUACAAGGCGGUCAUGGUCGAUCCCGCGGAAUUCGCCUGUAUGAAGGCCAUUGUUCUCUUCCGCCCAGAAACCCGCGGAUUGAAGGAUUCUAGCCAGAUCGAGAAUCUACAGGAUCAGGCGCAGUUAAUGUUGGGACAUCACGCGCGCGCUCAACAGCCAAACAGCCCUGCCCGUUUCGGAAGAUUGCUGUUGCUGCUACCGUUAUUGCGUACGGUUCCAGCAGCGAGAGUGGAAUUGAUCUACUUUCACCGAACCAUUGGUAACACGCCGAUGGAGAAGGUUCUUUGCGAUAUGUACAAAAAUUAAAGCCAUUCGAAAGCUUUUCGCGUGGAAAGGGCCUCGUCAUGAAUAUAUCAGGAUGCAAUUGGUAACGCGCGCGCGAUGACUAUCGGCAAAAUCCAAAAGAUUCUGAGCACCAGGGGCAAGAAGACGAGAUUCGUCGAAUCGAAAGGAUAAUACCAAAGACUGUGGCAAGCGCAACACCUUCCCACCUAAAUCAAAUCAGAGGGAAGGAUCAGGAGAAACAAGAGCUUCGUCCCGACACGAUCAGGCCUAAGGACAAAGUCCCAAGUCUCUUCGGUGAUGACGAUGACUCUGACUGGCGAGUAUCCCUACCGUACAAAUGCGAGGCACAGAGAGGCACGGUGUGUCGCCAACGAAUAAAACGGCAACUAAAGUCGACCGAGGGGCACUCAAUCGCGGCGUAAAUAUACACACAUAAAUAUAUAUACAUGUAUUUAUUUAUUAUAGACAUAUUUAUCUCGGGCGUUAGGCUCGCUACGUUGAUAGAAAACGUUUCCCCUCUUUCUGUUCCUAGAAGAUUGACGAAUUAAUCGACGAGUUAAUCGACGAAAAAAUCCGAGAUGUUUUAUUUUAUUUUAUUCCCUUUUCUUUUGUAUCUUGGUUUAUGUUCGUCGUAAAGUUACCGAAUUAGAGAGAAAAGUGACGGGAGCGACUUUGUGCAUGUGAAAAGUGCGAUGUAGAAAUUUAUUAUUUCACGGAAUACGUACGCACGCGUAUACAUAGUGCGAGGCUAUUCGAAAAUUUUACGCCUUUAUUUUUUCCUUGUUGCUCAUAUAAAAAAGUUUUAUGCUUUUCAUAGAUACGUGCGCGUGCCCGUGAUAAUUUGUUUCUUACGAAAUAUGAAUUAAAUUGCAUUUCAUAAUAACUUGCACCAUCAUUUGCGAUGAAUACGUAUUCGUAAGGUUUAAUAUGGCGUAAUGUCUCGAUUAAUAAAAGUAAUUUCGUUCACGAAUAUGCAUAUGAAGUUUUUGUUGACACUGUAAAUGAAUGCUCGUCCGCACUUUCUCUGUAUAUUUCGUGUUGUGAUACUAUUCGCUGUAAAAGUCUACGUAUUCUCAAUCAGUGAUAUGCAUUGUAACGAUUACUUGUAAUAAAAGAAAUCUCAUUAA